AUGCUGUCUACGCCAAGGACUAUCGUCAAGCAAAAACUACUUGGACACCUGGGAUCAUCGCUAGACGCCUCGGAAACGAUCAUGUAUCACGUACGCUGCGGAAACUCACUAUGGACAAGACACGCCAACCAGUUGAGGCCACGCGACAGUCAGCCAGUAGUCAACCAACUACUCCAUGUGUUCGAUACCAUCCCGCUCUACAGGGAAGCUGAUGCCAUCAGAGAUCAACCGAAGCCUGUGAAUGGUACGACAUCAACUCCACUCAACCCGACGACGCCGAAUCACGGAGACGCUCAACGUUCAACUCCAUCGUCGACACCGCGACUGCGACGUUCACUACGGACUCGUCACUCACCCCGUCGACUCAUGGUAGACGCGAAGAAGAAUUCAUACUCCUCAUAA